CAUCCUGAUCUUGCUCAUGUCUACCAGCUUGAAAAUACUGUGGUUUAUUGAAAGUAGACAGUUAAUACAUUUAAACUAUUUAUUUAUUUUCAAGAUCAUUUAAUACCAAGGUGACCUGAAUCAUCAUCACAUCAUCAACAAGAAUCUUUACAAUAAAUUGAUUAUAUUGAUAAUAUAAACAUUCCAACUGGAACUUUCAUUUUAAUAUUAAUAUAAUUUUUAUUAUGAUGAAUCAGGUCGAAUAACGUUGAUGAACGAAAAAAAAUAUUUAAAAUAUUUAAACAAUUUACAAGUGAAAUGUGGUGGAAAGAAUCUGUGAUAUUAGUUUUAUGUUGUUUAACUUUUGUAUUAACGCAAGAUGAUGAAAGUGAACGUAGAGAUUUUCCUGGACAAUGUGUUUCAACAGAAAGUGUUGAUAAAGAUUUAAAUAAUGUUUAUCAAGGUAAAUGUAUAGGAAAAUUUAAUUCUUAUCAUCAUCAAGUAUCUGGUGAAGUUUAUGCUGUUGAUGAAUAUACAUUAUUAUUAAAAAAUUUUAAUUACGAUGGAACAAGUAUUGAUGCAUUUUUUUGGGCUGGUACAUCAAAUCGUCGUGGUUCACAAGGAUUUAUUGUACCCGAUGAAUGGGGCAAAACAAAUGUUUUGGAAAGAUAUCUUAACAAAGAUUUUAUAUUAACACUUCCGGAUAAGAAAAAAAUAACUGAAAUAAGUUGGUUUUCUGUUUAUGAUUUAACAACUCAAAAUACAUUUGCUGAUGUUGAUAUACCAGAAGGUUUUGAACCACCAAAACCCCAAAAAAUUGGACAAUUAUCAAAACGUGGUGAUCAUAGAGUUGAUUCUGAAACAAUAACAAUUGUUGAUUCAAAAACAAUACGUAUUACUGGAUUUAAAUUUGAUGGUCGUGAUUCAAAUACAUAUUUUUGGGUUGGUCUCGGUCCUCAACCAUCAGCAAAAGGUUUUAAAGUACCAGAUGAACAUGGAUAUUUGGAUUCAUUGAGAGAAUAUAAAGGUGAAGAAAUAUCAAUUGAGUUACCAGGUGACAUGACUGUAUUUAGUAUUGAUUGGUUAAGUAUUUAUAAUAUCGAAACAAAAACAAAUUAUGGUUCAAUAUCAAUACAAAAUGAUUUAAAUGUUCCACCAUCUCUUGUUAAAAUAAUAAAACACAAAAGAACAUUACCAAAUUGUGAACAAUUACAUAAAAUAUAUCAAGUUAGUUGGGAAAUAUUUGGACCACAAAUAACAUUUCAAUUAUCUGCUCAAGUUUCUAAUAAUGAAUACAUGGCAUUUGGUAUAUCUGGUUCAUCAGAAAAAAGUCAAAUGGAAGGUGCUGAUGUUACAAUAGCAUAUAUGGAUGGUGCUCGAGGUUUUGCAAAUGAUUAUAAUAUAACAGCAAAAGCACCAUGUGCUAAAACACUUGGACAAUAUAAAGGUGUUUGUAAAGAUGAAUUAGUUGGUGGACAAGAUAGUAAUCAAAUAUUUACUGCAUUUCAAAAAGAUGGUUUACAAGUUAUAACAUAUAGAAGAACAUUAAUAUCAUCUGAUCCUGGUGAUAAAGAAUAUCCAACAGAUCAUUCAGUAUAUUUUAUUUGGGCAAUUGGUAAAUUAGAUGAAAAUAAAGAGCCAAAUUUUCAUGAUAUUUAUUCAAGAUCUGAUUUAAAAUUAAAUUUAAAUCGUACUGAAUCAAGUGAUAUCAGUUACGUCGUGGUUCGUAUAUUAAUUGGUGCCAAUGGAUUAAGUAUUUGCUUACAAAAAAAUCAAGUUAGAUGUAUGAUAGCACAGGUUGAAUUUACAAGAAGAGGAAGACCAAGACCAACUGUUGUUGGUCCAUUAUGUCUUAGUAAACAUGAUGGAAGAGACAGAAGACUUGAUGAUGAUUUUCCAACAUUUAAAAAAUUUAAUAAUACUCUUAUUCAUGUUUGUGAAUCAGGUGAAGGUGGAAAUCUUGAAGUAACACCAAAUUCAAGUUGGCCAGAUACUGUUUAUUAUAAUUCAUUUACACAUGCUAAUGUUGGCUGGAAAAUUCAUGUUGUUGAUGCUUACAUCAAACCAAAACCAAGCAAUGCAAUUAAUAUUAUUAUUAAUAAUAAUAUAAUUAUUAUUACAAUUUUAUUAUUAAGUUAUUAUAUAUAA